AUGGCUCCAGUGACGAACGGACGUCUGCUCUUCACCGAGAUCCCCACCGGGUACCCCGAGCCGGGAAAGACAACCGUCUAUGAUACUUCACAGACCAUCGACCUUGAGAACGUGCCGCUCGACGGCGGCGUGCUCAUCAAGACGCUCGUCUUGUCCAGCGACCCAUACUUGAGGGGACGGAUGCGGGAUGCGAAGAUCAAGACCUAUUCCGUCGCCUUCCAGCUGGGGGAACCAAUCGAUAAUCAUGGCGUCGGCGUCGUCCUGCGCUCUGAGGAUCCCGCAUUCAAAGAAGGAGACCAUGUCUCCAGCCACAAACUGCCUUUCCAGCACUAUUCAGUGUUCAAGAAGGAGGAACUCGGUACGCUGCAGGUGCUCAAGAACGAAUACAAAAAUCUGCCGUGGUCCGUGUACAUCGGGGUUUGCGGGAUGCCCGGCGCGACCGCAUACAUGGGAUGGAAGGAGUACGCCCACCCGAAGAAAGGUGAGGUAGCCUACGUCACCGCAGGAUCAGGCGCCGUGGGCGGCCUCGUGAUACAGCUCGCGAAGGCGGAUGGCUUGAAGGUGAUCGCAUCCGCUGGCUCGGACAAGAAGGUUGCGUACCUGCGCGAGCUGGGCGCUGAUGUGGCGUUCAACUACAAGACCGUGCCCGUCAACAAGGUCCUGCAGAAAGAAGGCCCCAUCGACAUAUACUGGGACAACGUCGGCGGCGAGAGCUUCGAGGCUGCGAUCACCGCGGCGAACCGACUAGCACGGUUCAUCGAAUGCGGCACCAUCUCGGGCUACAACACCCAAACCCCGUACCACGUCAAGAACCUGGGGCUCAUUGUUGGCAAGGAACUCCAGAUUUCAGGGUUCAUCGUCGGCAGCCUCUACGCCAAGUACGAGGAGCAGUUUCACAAAGAAAUACCGAAGGGAGUAGCGAGCGGCGAGAUCAAAUACAGCGAGGACGUCACGAAAGGCCUCGAGAAUGCGGGGGAGGCGAUUUUGGACGUGCAGCUUGGGAGGAACAACGGAAAGAAGAUCAUUAGGGUUGCGAACGAGUGA